AUGGAAGACCGCAAUUCCGUGGCGUCCAGCGUCUUCUUCACUGGAGUCUCCCUCGUAAUCGAGAAGGAGAAGUUGCGUCAGCACUUCGAGUCCGUUGGCCAUGUCGUAAACUUCACCAUCUUCGGUCCGGCGCCAGGGAAGGACUUCCGCUAUGGCAUCGCCGGGUACAUGGAUGCGCAGACAGCGGAAGAGGCUAUUCGCCGCCUUGAUGGCACCACCUUUGGCGAGCGCGCGAUGCGCGUGACAGCAGCGCGCACCACCACUCUGCACGGACCAGUGCGCGCAGGUCCCGGCGGCGGUGGCAGUGGGCCCGCUGACUACUCCCCCUUCCGCAAGCGGCCGCGAGAGCUGUAUCCGUCUCCAAACACAUCACGCCCACCUUAUGCUCCUCGAAUGGGCCGUGACGGUGGCAUGCGUGCGCCGAUGGCGCGUGCUCCACUCUCUCACCAGCAGCAGAAACAGGAGCAGCCACAGCAGCUAACCACAGAUAAGGCUGGGCGAGAGACGAUGCAGUUCCCUCGCUUCUUCACGGAUCCGAUUCUUGGACGCGAGGGUUCCCUCGUACUUGACGCGCUGCGUGGCAUGGCAACAGAGGAGGCGUACUCGGCGGUGGAGCAGCUGCGCGUUCUGGCGCUGGAGCGUCCAACCGAGGCAAAGCGCCUGCUGCACAACAAUCCGGCACUGAAGUCGGCGGUGGUCAUGACCCUCCAACACGCCGGGCGAAUCCCGUUUGGCUCAUUACCUCGUGAUGCGUACCAGUCGCGAAAGGAAGCGGAGACAGAGGCGGAGUUAGCGCAGCCACCACCGCCGCCGCAGCCGAUGCCGCCACCUCCAUCCGUUCCGCAAACAUCUCAGCAGACACCCCAGCAGCAUCCGGCACAGUCACUGAAGCUGACCAAGAAGGAGCCAAAAUCGGCGAUCAAGAGUGACGAGGUGCGCGGUACCCGCAAGCGCGGCACCGCCGCCGGUAGUGCCUCUUCCUCGGCGACCGCUUCCUCCGUGGCACAGACGUCUCUUUUGCAACCGUCAACUCCGAUGACGGAGGCAGAGCGCGAUGAAGUGCUGGAGCUCAUUCAGAACAUGAGCGAGGAAGAUGUGGAGCGAGUAUUGACCAUGUCGGUGCGCGACUUGGCGCAGGUGCCCGAUCCAGCACAGCGGCAGCAGCUAGAAGUGCUGCAGAAGCGCCUCUUGGAGAUGUCUCAGGAUUUGUGA